AUGGGUUUACUUACCUCUCCAUCUUCAUCCACCUCUCCUUCGACCGAACCUUUUCCCGUAUCAUCGCCCAUCUUAGUCCCACUGUCGUCGUCUGAAAACCCCGAUCCUCGUUAUGGUAUCUACCUUGUGUUUUCUUACAAACAGCACGCAGACGACCUUACGAUGUCAUGUGUGAUGGGGUGCUAUGACCCUUUGAUAAACGCAUGGACUCAUGAGUCUUCCAUUCCAGGGACGUCCGUGAACCAUAUCUUCAAAGGAUUUGCAAUGGUUUCAGUUAAAACAUCGAUCUAUAUAGUUGGAGGUAGUGAAUACCGCAAAGAAAAGAUCGAAAUAAACGGUACUUCAAGACUUAAAGACGUUGGCGUUGGAGUACGGUCGACGGUUUCACGUUAUGAUGUCAUCACUAAAGAAUGGUUCACAUGUGCACCACUUAUUACACCAAGGUACGAUUUCGCAUGUUCCGUUUGCGACGAUAAGAUCUACGUAGCAGGAGGUCAAUCUACUCUCGAUGGUGCAAAGGGUAUAUCAUCCGCGGAAGUAUACGAUGUGGUUAACAAUGAAUGGAGAUCUUUGCCAUGCAUGAGCACCGUCAGAUACAAAUGCGUAGGUGUGACGUGGCGAAAUAAAUUCCACGUCAUCGGAGGGUUCACCUACAGUGGAAACAAGAUGCAAUUCACCGAUCGUUGUUCAGCCGAAGUUUACGACGUUGAGAAAGGAAAGUGGGACCAUCUCACCGGAAUGUGGCAGUUAGAUGUACCCCCUAAUCAGAUAGUGGUCGUCGACGAGAAGUUGAUCAGCUCCGGCGACUGUCUUAACGUUUGGAAAGGCGAUAUCGAAACUUAUGAUGGAAACUUAAACUUAUGGUAUCCACUCGAUGGGUCAAGAAAGGAGAAUUUGCUGUCACUUUCUUGCUCGUCGAGUGGUAAUGAAGGUGGAAGUUCUGAGCCACUUCAACGGAUAUGUUUGACCAUGGCUCCGAUCGGUGGUUAUCUGUAUUUCAUAGCUGGUUAUCGGGUGGCUGGUGAUCAAUCUUCGUGUUGCACUAUGUCGAUGGUUCAUAGGUUCGACACGUCAGCAACCGACAACCAAUGGGAGACAUUUGAACUGAUGCAAGUGGAAGGGGAGAGGGAGCUUUGUAGCCAUUGUUGUGUGGUUCAGCUUUCCUAA